AUGGCGACCAGGGGACGUGCAUCUCAAACAGCUCCUCACCAGGCGGCAAAUGCAGGGGCAGCUUCAAGCGUCCCUCAGCCCCUGCGGGUUCGCGUGGAGAUCAACGCCUUCGCGAGCAUGCCCAAAUACGCGCACCAAAAAGACCUCUUCAUCCACGCGUAUGCCGCCGUGCAGGCCAAACCUGUCGACGACAUCAAGUCGUUCUACCAGAUUGCUGGCAUCCACGGGUUGCCUUACCAGAGCUACGACAACGUGGAAGGUCAGGGCAGCGGCAAGUGGCCGGAUCCAAAGAAGCCGGACCGAUGGGGAGGCUACUGCCAGCAUGGCUCUCAGCUGUUCCCUACCUGGCACCGCCCCUACGUCCUCCUACUGGAAAACGCGAUCCGCGAGGAGGCCGCGAGGAUCGCGCAGGCGUACCCGGACACUCCCGCGGACAAGGACAAACCCACGCCGACGGUCCGCGACCUCUACGUCGAAGCCGCGAGGGAUCUCUCGCUUCCGUACUGGGACUGGGCCAGCGCGCAGACUGCGGACUUUGGGCUGCCCACCAUCAUGACCUCGCCCACUUAUCCGGUCAGCUGCACCGCACAACCUUUGCGCCACAGGAAGAUUAUGUUCGUAUGGCUGACAGUUACGUCGACAGCUUUCACCCCAAGAAGACGCUACCCAAAUCCUCUCCGCGCAUACACGCUGCCGGAGGACCUGGGCUCCUUGAAGCAAACAGGCGACUGCUUCAACCCCCCAGCGAAGCCCAACUACAAGGUGCCCCUCAACAACGAACAUCCGUUUACGCCCAAGGGCUACCCGACCGUAAGGCACCCCGAUGCCAACUACCAGACGCAGGUGGACGCGGUGAACCGGUCGGUGCAGAUGUACGCCAACGUGAUGUGGCGCCCCAACUUGUACGCGCUUCUGGACGUGGACAAGUGGUUCCCGUUCAGCAACCACACCGCGUUCGGAGAAAAGGAGGAGCACGGUACGGACUACGGCUGGUACACGUCGAUUGAGGUAAUUCACGACGGGGUGCAUGAUGCUCUUGGAGGCUCGGGGGGCCAAAUCUCCUACCCCGAUAUCGCAGGGUUUGACCCCGUUUUCUUCCUGCAUCAUGCGAACGUGGAUCGCGUCAUCGCCCUUUGGCAGGCGUGCCACCCCCACGCGUGGAUGGAAGAAUCUGCCCCGACCGAGAGAGGAACGUUCACAGAGCCAGAAGGUAUCACGCUUAACUCAAAAACGGAGCUGACUCCAUUCCGCAAGGUGCUGGGGGACCCCGCAUCAAAGUGUUACACGUCGGACGACGAGCGCCACGUGGCCGAUCUGGGUUACACGUACCCGGAACUGCAAAAGUACCUGAAGCCGGACGAGCUCAAGGCUCAUGUGGUGCUGAAGCGCAUCCCCAAGCGCCUCUUCAACGGCUCUUAUACCAUCCACGUGUUCCUCGGCCUGCCCAAAGACGUCGAGCCCACCCCGGGCCACCCGCCCUUCUCCGACCCCCACUACGUCGGCCCGAUCUCGAUCUUCGCGCGCGGCAAUGAAACGCGCUGCGCGAGCUGCCGCAUGAACGAUGACGUCAGAGUCCGCGGCCGCCUUGACAUCACCAACACCAUGCUCAAAGUGGGCCUGGACGUCGACCAAGAGCCGUCGGAUGACGUCGGUGGGCAGGGGGCUGCAGAUCCUGCCAUUGAGAAAAACCUGAAGGACGCAAUCAGCUUCAUGGUUAUCGACAAGUCCGGCCAGCAGAAACCUUGGAAGCGCGAUCAUUGCGCUUACGCGAUCCACAAGCAGCGAGAGGACACCACCGACCUCGUGCCGACGGUUCCCUCUUCCAAAAGGAAGCGCGCGAGCAGGGAGGGUGGCGCAUCGGGCCCUGCUGACAAGGCCGUCCCAAAGUGA